UGUAUCAAGCGGUCAAUGGAGUUGAGCCUUUGCUAUCUUCUGAUCACUGCUCUAGUUUUCACAUCUGCAUUGCGAAAUAAGUCGAUAGCAACAUCCGAAGUUCUCCUCAACGAGAUUAUCAGUGGACAAGACGAUUCUUUGAAGUGGUUAGCCGAGUUGUGCGAUGACUUUGGACCACGGAAAACGGGAUCUGAAUCCCUGGAAAAGGCAAUCGAUUGGGUAAUGGAAUCAUUGCGAGCAAGUGGUUUUGAAGUCCAUUCUGAACCUGUUCCUGGACUGCCCAAUUGGAUCCGUGGUGAAGACACGGCAUACAUAAUAGAGCCACGAAAGCAUAAACUCAACAUACUGGCCAUUGACGGAUCUCCUCCAGGUUUAGUUGAAGGUGAAGUUGUUGUAAUACGGGACAAAGAAGAAUUACAGAAUAAAACUGUCAAAGGGAAGAUCGUCGUUACUGCUCAGAAUUGGACUGAUUAUCCCAAUGCAUUGAAAUAUCGAAAGCUUGCUAAAGAGGUAGCAAAGCGAGGAGGGCUAGCAUUACUGGCGAAGUCGGCUACACCGCUGCUCCCCCAUUCCGGCCGCUUGUUUGACCAGUGA